AUGUCCCGCACCAAGGUUCCCCCCAGCGGCAUUUGGGCCCCCGCAGUGACUCUCUUCAACCCCGACACCGAUGAGCUCGACCUUGAGGCGCAAGCAAAGUACUAUUCUUACCUCUCCGAGACGGGCCUUGCGGGCCUGGUAAUUCUCGGUACCAAUGCUGAACAGUUCCUCCUGACCCGCGAGGAGCGCAAAGCCCUCAUCACCACCGCCCGCAAGGCAACAGGUCCCGAUUUCCCCAUCAUGGCCGGAUGCGGAAUGCACUCAGUCAAGCAGGUCCUUGAGCUUCUCAACGACGCCAAAGAGGCCGGCGCCGACUCUGCACUCGUUCUGCCGCCCGCCUACUUCGGGAAGCAGACCACUCCUGCAGUCAUUGACCGCUUUUUCGACGAAAUCGCCGUAAAGACCCCUCUGCCAAUCGUCAUUUACAACUUUCCCAUCGUCUGCAACGGCAUCGACCUUGACAGCAGCACCAUCGCCAAGCUGGCCAAGAAGCAUGAGACGAUCGUCGGCGUGAAGCUCACUUGCGGCGCUGUCGCAAAGAUUGUCCGCCUGUCCGCCGAGCUACCGGCAGAUAAAUUCGCUACUUAUGGUGGCCAGUCCGACUUCCUCCUCGGCGGUCUCACCUCUGGCAGCGCGGGUUGCAUCGCGGCAUUUGCCAACGUCUUCCCCCGCGUAACGGUGCAGAUCUACAAGCUGCAUGCCGAGGGCAAGAUCCAGGAGGCAUGGGAACUGCACAAGAAGGCCGCCAUCGCGGAGCAAGCCACCAAGGCGGGCAUCGCGACCAUCAAGUACGCCGCUUCCGUGUUCACGGCGCCGCGCGCUGGAUUGAAGGGACAGGAGAAGCUGUUCCAGCCGCGUAGUCCUUACUUGCCCGCAAGUGAAGACCAAAAGAAGGCGGUGCACAACUUGAUGGAGGAGCUCAACAAAGUCGAGGAAAAGCUUGCGGGUUCCAGCUGA